AUUAAAAGUUUUUUUGAACGGAUCACGGUUUUUAAAAUUUCAUACGGAUAAUCCAUAUACAUAUUUUUAAAUUCGCUUUAUAAAUCAAGAAAGUUUCAAAAAUGUAACCGGAAUAUUUUGAAACUAUAAAGUUGAAUCUGAAGUCAGCACAUUUGCCUUCCAUUAUCAUAGAGCAUUUGAACUAAAUUUAUUUAUACACAUAUUUAUGUAUUUACAUAAAUAAAUAUGCUACAAAUGUCUGCCAAUGUUACGGAUAAUUUUAAAAUAUGCACAUGCAUGUAAGUGCAUAUGUGUAUGUACAUUACAAGAAGCAUCGAGAUAAAAAUGGAUUGAUUUCUGAAUAGCAUACAAAAGCUUGUGCAGAAAGACUCCAAAUAAAAAUAAGUGACAAAAACGCUUUUACUUGAAUAUUAAGAUUUACAUUGCACAAUCAUUACCACCGGUGUAAAUUUUUUUUUUAAAUACAACGUAUAUUGAAAAAUUCGUGCAAGUCUGAAAAGAGUUCAAUCAUAUUCAGGAUGAGCCUUGACUUUCUGGAAGACUUUGCGAGUGACUAUGAAAACGCAUUACUUCAAACUGGAUUCGGAAAUUUUCAAUUUCUUUUGAUUACAAUAUGUGGUUUAAUUUACAUGAAUACGGCCAUGGGUGUGACAAUUAUAUCUUUCGUCUUGCCGUCUGCUACAUGUGAUUUCACCAUGACAUCCACAGACAAAGGCUGGCUAUCUGCUUCACCUAUGCUAGGAAUGUUAAUUGGAUCAUAUUUUUGGGGAUGCCUUGCUGAUACGAAAGGUCGACGUGUUGUUUUAAUUACAACUUUAUUAGCAGAUGGCAUAUUCGGAAUAUUAUCUUCGUUUGCACCGAUUUAUAUAAUUUUUAUGUUAUUCCGAUUAGUAAAUGGAUUCAAUGUUGCAGGAACUAUGAGUAUAAUAUUCCCUUAUUUGGGUGAAUUUCAAACUACACAGCAUAGAGAAAAAAUUUUAUGUUGGAUGGAACUUUACUGGACUUUUGGAAUAAUAUUGCUGCCGGGAAUUGCGUGGAGUUUAAUUCCUUUGAAAAUCAAUAUUGGAUCUGGAAUAAUUUCUUAUCAUAGUUGGAAUCUUUUUGUUGCGCUUUGUGCCGUUCCCAGUAUUUUAUUGGGUCUUUGGCUAUUUGCGUUCCCUGAAAGUCCCAAAUUUCUUCUGGAACACGGAGAAUCGGAAAAGGCCUUAGAAGUUUUAACACUUAUUUAUGUAAAGAAUACUGGACAAAGCCGCAGCAACUAUCCCUGCACUACUCUGAGGGAGUCAAUUCGACCACUUCAGAGAGAUGGAGAGACGAAUAUUCAGAAUCAACGAAUAGGUAAUUUUAUUGAACUCAAAAAUUUAUCUGUGGAGAUUUGGGAUCAAACAAAAACUCUAUACAAGCAUCCGUACUUGAAGAACUCCGUUAUAACAUGUGCUAUUCAAUUCUGUCUUACCACGAGCUAUUAUACAUUGAUGGUUUGGUUCCCAGAAAUAUUUCAAAGAUAUGAUGAUUAUGAGAAAGCCAAUCCUGGAAUACCCGCAUCUGUUUGUGAUAUUUCAUCAAUCGUUACAUCAAAUACAACUUUUGUAGACUGCGAGUCGGAAAUCGAUCAUACAGUGUUCUUUCACACAUUUAUAAUUGGUUUGGCUUGCAUACCAACAAGUUUCUGGCUACCACUAUGUGUUCACAAAUUGGGAAUCAAGUUCUUUUUGGUUUUCAGUUUGACGGCAGCCGGAUUUGUAACUUUGGGUUUUUAUUUCGCUCGAAGUUCUUUUGAAAACUUAAUUUUGUCAUGCAUUUUUGAAGCACUAACUUCGCUUAGCAUCAGUACUUUAUAUUGUGUCUUGGUGGAUUUAUUCCCAACAAAUUUGAGGGUAAUGGCAGCGGCAAUGUCCAUGACUUUUGGACGCGGAGGAGCCUUAUUGGGAAACCUUAUAUUCGGAUUGCUCAUUGAUUUAAACUGCAUAAUACCAAUAAUCCUUUUUUCGGGUAUGCUGUUCGCAAGUGCCUUUUUAUGUUGGAUUUUACCCACAACUGGAGCGGAUGCCUUAAACUAAGACUAUCAUACAGCUACUAUUUGUUAAUUUUAUCUAUUCACUUAUAAUAUAAAUGAUACAUAUAUUAUUGAAUCAUGUAUUAAAUUUCUCAAAUAUAUGAUAACAUUUAUUUUUGUUACA